UUUCCACUUCUCACUUUUCACGAUCCAUACCACAGCCAACAAAGACAAGCGACAAUGAUGUCCCACCAGAGGGAUGGAAAGCAACAACAGGGGCUUGCCUUGGUGCUCUUCAUGGCACUCUAUGGAUCUCAAUCCUUCCCUGCUGCAGCUGCCUUUUCCUCGACAUCUCUAGCAGUGAAGAGAUUUCCUCAGCUCCAAUCUUUGCCUAGAAUUGCCAGGUGGCAUCCUCUUCCCGAGAACAGCUCCCCCUUGAAAUAUCCAAAUCCAAAGGAUACUCCCUCGUUGGAUAAUGGGCCGUCGACACCGUCCAAUCUGUUUCUCCAAAAGCGAUCCGAAACUGAGGUUACAAGGAAAUCACGGGUAGCUCUUAUCCUAGCAAGAUGGAACGCACGAAUCAGGCGAGCAUGCUGUGGAUGGCGAAAGAAAGCCUUGGCUCUAUUCUUUUGUCUAGCCAUGGCGUUCAACCUGGCUUCGGAACCAGCAUGGGCAGUCACAGGAGGAAGAUCGGGGGGAUCCUUCAAAUCCAGUCCAGGCCGAGUGUACUCCUCCCCAUCUCGCGGCUAUUCGCCUUCUCGCAGCUACCAUCAUCGGCCUUCUCGCAGCUACCAUUAUUACAGACCGCCCCCGACACGAAUCUUUUACCACAAUCCACGACCCAUCAUUGUAGGACCGCAAAUGCAGCCGUAUGGUCCUGUGAACCGAAGAGGAAUAUCUCCCUCCGAUAUCAUCUUGGUGACGGGAGCCGGUCUCGCCAUUGCCUAUGGAGUUUCCAAUCAAUUGCAACAGGAGCGACGACAAUCCAGUAGUGCUCUCGGGCCGGGGUAUUCCGUGGCCAAAUUAACCGUGUCUUUGAACGUUCCCAAUCGGGAUGCUCCCAACUCCAUUCUGCAAAGACUGCAGCAGCUGUCAGCAGCGGCUCCCACCAAUACCCGAAAGGGAGUGCAAAACUUGAUCUCCAAUGUUGCUCUGGAGCUUCUACGGCAAGAAAAGUCCAUUCGCAGUGCAGAGUCCAAGAGUGCUCACCACAGGUUGGAGGGAGAGGCGGAACGAGACUUUCUGAGGAGCUCUAUCCAACAACGUAGCAAAUUUGAUGCAGAGACAGAGUAUAAGUUUGGCAGGAGUCUGCCGUCGAGCCCUCCGAAGAGCCGUCAAGACACCAAGGCCACAGAAGCGGUCGUGACAAUAUUGGUUGCCAUCGAGGGUGAUUCGACAAAGUUGCCUGCCAUAAAGUCACGUGCCAGCGUCUUGGAGGCACUCAACCGCCUAGCCGUGGAUGCGCAAGUGGAGGAUUGCCUCCUCUCGGGUGAGAUAUCGUGGGCCCCGGAGCUUCGGGAUGAAACCUUAUCGCUGGAAGAUGUCUAUGUCGAUUAUCCGACGCUUUAUCCACUUUAGCUUCGCGGUACGAGGUCCGGCCAGGCCAGGCCAGGCAUCAUGUCGUAUCCAUAGCUUUCUAAUAAACUUGCUACUAUCGACAGCGUAGCUGGUCUUGCCCAAACUACAGUACGGGUACCAGGAAAAGAAUACCGGUAGCUUCGGGUUUCAGGAAGAAAUACCUACAAAUUAUUUGAAUUCUCUUACUCGGACCUCCUUAGCUAAGUAUAAACAACUAUUUCUGCUGAUC